AAACGGGUUUGGAAUGGCUUUUCCCCCUGUUUAAUGAGAGGAUCUUGAUUCAAGGCAGCAUGAACCUCGCAGAACCUCGCAGAACCUGUUCUGAGAUGGGUGAUGCCUCUUGAACCUGUGCAAGUUCGCCUUCUGUUCUAGAUGCCACUGGAGAUGAAAAGGUGAAACUUGAAAAUGGCCAACGAUACGCCCAUUCUUUACUCUUACUUCCGGAGUUCUUGUUCGUGGCGAGUCCGGAUUGUGCUAGCUCAUAAGCAGAUCAAAUAUGAAUAUAAAGCCGUGCAUCUGGUUCGAGAUGGCGGCGAACAACAUCAAGCCGAAUUUAGAGCAUUAAAUCCCUUGGAGCAAGUACCCGCAUUCCAACUCGGUGACAAAGUUCUGACCCAAUCCGUGGCCAUUAUGGAGUUCUUGGAAGAGCAAUAUCCCGAACACCCUUUGUUGCCCAAGGAUCCCUGGCCAAGGGCUAAGGUCCGUGAAAUCGUCGAGAUGAUUUGUUCCGGCACUCAACCCAUUCAAAACUUGUCGGUUAUGAAUAUGGCUCGCGAGGAUCUGCCUGAACGUGUCCGUUGGAGUCAUCAUUGGAUCACCCGUGGAUUGGCCGGAGUGGAAGUGAUAUUGCAACAAACUGCCGGCCAAUGUUGCUUUGGAGAUCACGUGACGCUAGCCGAUUGUUGUCUAAUACCGCAAGUGUACAAUGCUAACCGAUUCAGUGUGGAUAUGGAGGCCUUCCCGACCAUCAAACGGGUGGCUAACCAUCUCCAAGGAUUGGCAGCUUUUCAGGCCGCUCAGCCUUCGGCUCAGCCAGAUUACCCCACGGAUCCUUGAGGUGUCAGCUGGCCAACAUGAACAUAUCCCAUGAUUGAGCAGAUCAUUUUAACAAUAAAAUCCAAACCAAUUAACGAUCAUCGAUCUCCGACCAUUCCCAAUCUGGGGCCUGGUCUGAGUUAAGAGCCAAUACAUGUAUCUCGUACAGAGGAA